AUGGCUCAGUUUCAAAGCUUGAUAUGGAUAAUGAACCUAGCUAUCAUUUUGACACUUCUAAACAUUCAGCGCUCUAUUGCAUGUGGUAGAGCAGAGUACAGAACAGGUGAAAAAUGCUGUCCUGUGUGUUCACCAGGAAACCGGGUACAUAAACACUGUACAGAAUUUACAAGUACUUCCUGUGUCCCCUGUACCGACUCCACGUUCCUUGAUGAACCCAGUGGUCUUACAGCAUGCAUACCGUGCACAAACAACUGUGACCCAGGCUUUGGUUUGAAGGUAAAGCAGUCAUGUAGACCUUCAUCAGACACCGUCUGUGGGACACUGGAGGGGUUCUACUGUCUAGACCCAACUAAGGAUGGUUGUAGAGCAGCCCAGAGACACAGCAGCUGUAAACCUGGUCAAUACAUCAGUCACACAGGAACAAUAUCUACAGAUACUGUGUGUUCUGACUGUACUGGUGACACCUAUUCAAAUGGAUCAUUUACAUCCUGCCAGCCACACACACAAUGCGAUGUCUUGAAGCUUCAGCAAAUUAAACCUGGAACUCAUUGGUCCGACUCUGAAUGUGGACCACAGACCUCCCCUCCCAUAGCAAUAAUAUCUGCUGUGGUGGUGGUGGUGGUACUAGCUGUGAUAUCAGCAGUGACGGCAGUAGCUAUUAGAAGAAAAAUAAAAGAGAGGACUUUUCCAGAAACACAAAGCCCUACAGAGGUAUCAGACAGAGAGGGGACGUCAAUGCUGUUUGUGGGAACAAGAACAGAUUCAAGCAUCCAGGACAUUCAUCAGAACAAUCCAGUCUAAUGUGUGGUUCAUUGGCUUGAAAACUAGACUAGGCAGUAGGGCCCAAUUUCUGUCCACUACAUGGUGAAUGUGAUCUAGACUCUGUUUUUAAAUAAAAGUUGGAGGCUGGCACAUUUGUUUUGUGGUGUAAAGAUUAAAAAGGCCAUGACCUUGAUAGACAGCCUGUCUUCCAAUACUGGGGAUGAAGAUGGAAACCUUAGUAGGAGCCAGGUCUGUUCUGUUCUGGGAAAGGUCAGGUGUGUCCAUGAUUUCAAAUGGUCAGUCCAAGUCAGUUGACGGUAAUUGGAAUAAAACACAAAUGCCAAUUUGUAAGACACUGCACCUGGUCUUUGGAUGCUGGUGCCAGAUACAUUGAGCAAAUGCCCUUGAACUGAGGAAGUCUACAGAUCACAACAUCUCCAUGGACCUUAUGGAACUUGUGAUGUACUGUAGAUUCUGUUGACACAAACUGUGUAAAGGACAUACGAAUGACAUUUCCUGGACACUGGUAUGGGGGAAAAAUGGACUCUAGUUGUUGAGUUACCAUGGAUUUGUAUAAUCCCACAGAGUAAACAUCAAGAGUCAAUGGUGCAGUUCUUACGAUCCUCCUAAAAUAUAUAUUUUAUUGUCACACUGGGAUACGUGCUGUGAAAUGUGUUGUUUUACAGGAUCAGCCAUAGUAGUACUCUGACCCUGGAACAAAUUAGGGUUAAGUGCCUUGCUCAAGAACACAUUGACAGAUUCUUCACCUUGAUUGUAUAGUUAUUUGUGUUGUACAGUUCCUUUGUAUUUUGUAGGUAUUGUUUUAUAUGAUGCACAUUAUUCAUUGUUUUUGAUUCCAUGGGUUCAGUCUCUUCUAUUGAAUCCAUUUGCUUCUCUGUAAGUCAUGGGUUAUGCUUGUUUCACCAGCCAUCAGUGCUCAGCCUAUUGUUGCUGUAAGUCUAUUUCUGGUGACUGAUCCAAUGUCCCCUCUCGGGAUUAAGAAAUAGAGGAUCUGCAAUACAAUUAAGCCAGCUAACUUUCUUAUGUUCAAGUGUCCCAAUGACAUUAACUACAUUGUAAAAAUGCUAUUGAAUAAAGCAAAAUGUGAAAACUGCAA